CUGUAUGGCUGUGAAUGCUACUUUGCGAAGAAGAAGACAACACGUGCGCGCAUUCAACGUGUGUUAUUCUAGUUGAGUUUGGUUUUCCUUCGAAUUCAGCUAUUGAGGAAUCUUUUAGCAAUUUAAAGUUAAAUAAUAAUGGACAGUGAGCAGCCAACGGCUGUAAAGGCUUCAGCUUCAGUUAUAGAGCCGUCAACCUCCGACACACCUGUUGAACUGGGGAAACAUAGCACCUUGGAAGGAGACUUAUCAUUAGAUAAGGUGCAAACAAUGCCUACAGAAACUACUAAUGCGGAAGCAGAACCAGUAAAAAUGGAACAGCAAGUGGAGAAUGAAUUGGUCAAAGAGUCAACAAAAGCAAUCGCAACCAUAUCAGGCCAGGAACAGGUUGCGAAUUUAGUCCCAAAGGAGGGUGCGGGAAUGGAGUGCGAAAUAUCAUCAGAUCUAGUGCCCCAGGGAAAUGCCUGCAAGAAGCCAGAGCAACCACAAGAAAUGGAUUGUGAAUCGUCUGACCAGUCGGUUGCCUCUGGCGCACCUAGAGUUCAGCCCGCUCCAGAGGUUAAUUCAAGCCCCCAAGCAUGUGGCCUCAGUCUGUUGGCUGCCUACAGCUCUGAUGACUCAGAUAUAGAGGAAGUCACUGCAGUGCAGAAUGGCGACAACGAAGUGAUUGAAGUUCCAGUUUCGGACCCCGCCUCCUCCACCACCGCAUAUCGUCCAGUAGUAACUGUUAGCUCGGACGACGAGAAAUCAAAAAGCAGCAGCAGCAGUGACUCAGACUCCGAUUCUGAAGGAGAAUACCUCACGGUACUUCGCAAGAAGAUUGACAAAAGAAUCAACACCGUAGAUUGCGACGAAGAUGACGAGGACUUCGAGGAAGAUGGGGCCACAGGAGAUCGGUCUCGCCGUCGGCAGCCCCCGAAAGUACGUGGAGAAAUGCUCCUAGAUGACCUUCCACCCAUCCAUCAGCUAGAGAUUACUGUACCCGAAGAUGAAUGCGUUGAACUGGGCAAAGUUCAGUCCAUCGUGGAUCAGCUUGUUUUGGUUUCCGUGCUACCGAAUUCCAUGCUAUUCGAUCUGGACACCGUUUUGUUCUUGGAGAAGGGUCGCAAGGUCCUUGGUGAAGUGUUCGAUGUGUUGGGCCAAGUGUCGGAUCCACUGUACUGCGUUCGAUUCAACAGUAACCAACAGAUCCUUGAUAGGGGCAUCAAAAUUGGCGACGUGGUGUAUUGCGCUCCAAAGACCGAACACACCCAAUUUGUGAUCCUCUCUAAGCUGAUGCAAGUUAAAGGAUCGGAUGCUUCGUGGGAGCACGAUGUAGAACCACCAUCCCGCUAUGUAGAUCACUCGGACGAUGAAGAGGAAAGAGAAGCCAGGGCAGAGCAACGAAAGCGCCGCCAAAGGGAUCGCACCAACUCCACAGAUUCCGUGGACACCGUAACCUCGGUGGCAACAACAGCCACUGAGGCUUCUUCGGUAGCUCCUCCUCGCCAGCGUGGACGUCGUGGCCAACGAGAGAGUUUCCGGCAGAGCCAGCGACCCUCCAUUAACCAAAGCAACCAGAAUCAGCCCCGAGACGAACAGUAUAACUACCAUCCAAGCUAUAAUCCGGGAAGCUGGCACUCCAACUACUACCAGAACUAUCACCAGGCAGCGGCUAACUUUAACAUGUCGCAGCAGCAGCCUGGAAUGCCCUUCCCAGUGCCCAACUAUGGCUAUGGCAUGCCCUAUGCCAUGCCGCCAAUGUACCCCCACAUGUACCCGCCACCACCACCCUUUGCUCCACCUCCUCCGAACAACCAUUCGCGACAGGGUCAACCGCCACCCAGCUAGAGAUACGUAAGACAAUUCAGUGAAUUACUUUUAUUAUUCCAAUAAAAAAUCUUAAUCAA